AUGUUCCUAUUGGGCUUCCCGCUGCUCGGAUCAGCCCUAUCAAAGAACGGCACAGCACCCUAUGACUACAAAAAGAUGCGAAACAAAAACGCAAACCAAUGCUUGGUUUACAACCCGCCUAGAGACCAAACAAUUCAAGACUGCAAGAAAAUCUGCGGCCCGGCCAUUCAAAAGAAAGUCGAAAGUGGCGACACCAGAUCGACUAGCUGCCUCUCAAAGUUGCCUCUCGGGGCGCCGACUUGGGAGAAAGCACCAGGAACGGACGUUGAGGUUGCUCCGGGAAAAUGCACGUGCGACAUCUCCUUUAUCAAUGAAGCCGCAGGGGACCUAAUGAAGGCCUUGCCGAUAAUUGGCGAGGUUGGUUGUGAGCUGCUGACGUCGUCGUUGAACGCAGCAUUCGAGGUUGGUACGCUGGCAAUACCGGGCGUUGGCGAAGCCAUUGAUGGCGGAAUGAUCGCUAGUAUCGAGGCUGCUAAGGCUCUCAUGCAGGUUUACGGUGCAAGCGAGACAGCUUGGAGUACCUUUAGUUCUUGGAUGAACCCUUGCGGGGACACGUCCGCGGUUCCUCAGAAGAUGCAAAAGGUCUUUAAUGUUUUCAGUGGCGCGGACGAUAACGUAUUGCCGAAAGGCUUUGACCCUUCGAAGAUUAAGAACUUAUCGAAGAUUAAGAAGUUGAAGGGCUCGAUUAAGGGAGGCAAUAAGAGGUAUGUGCCUUUCUGGGCGUGAUGUAUGGUAUAAGGAGUUCGAUACCCCCAUAGAUUCAGUCUUUUACUUGUAUUUAAGAGUUACCGGAGCAAUAGAUUCUUGUCAU